AUGGCCUCAAGGGCAUUCUCGUCAUUUGCCACUAAUCCAGCUCCGUCUCCCAGGUCGCUACUCUCCCAUGGUGGCGCUUCUCCGGCGGUUUCUCUCGGGUUCUCGAGGAAAUCUGGAGGAGGCAGAGCAGUGGUGGUUGCGGCGGCUACGGUGGAUACAAACAAUAUGCCGAUGACCGGAGUUGUGUUCCAGCCGUUUGAGGAGGUGAAGAAAGCCGAUCUAGCCAUUCCGAUCACAUCUAACACCUCACUCGCUCGCCAGAGGUAUGCCGACGUUUGCGAGGCAACUAUUAACGAGCAAAUCAAUGUGGAAUACAAUGUCUCGUAUGUGUACCAUUCAAUGUAUGCUUACUUCGACAGAGACAACGUUGCUCUCAAGGGACUAGCCAAAUUUUUCAAGGAAUCAAGUGAUGAAGAAAGAGAGCACGCAGAGAAGUUUAUGGAGUACCAGAACAAAAGAGGAGGAAGAGUGAAACUCCACCCGAUUGUCUCACCUAUCUCAGAGUUCGAACAUGGUGAAAAAGGAGAUGCAUUAUAUGCAAUGGAGUUGGCUCUUUCUCUUGAGAAACUCACUAAUGAGAAGCUUCUAAACCUUCACAGUGUGGCUUCAGAGAACAAUGAUCCCCAGUUAGCUGAUUUCGUUGAGAGUGAGUUUCUUGGAGAACAGAUUGAAGCAAUCAAGAAGAUCUCAGACUUCAUCACUCAGCUAAGGAUGGUUGGGAAAGGCCACGGAGUUUGGCAUUUCGACCAGAGGCUUCUGCAUGGGACUGGAGCUCUAUAA